CUGCAGCAGACUGUACACAGCAUCCCGCAGACUCCUUUAAUGCCAGAGGACCUUACACAUCAUCUUGAGCUCCCAGUAAUAUAUUUUAAGUAGGUGGUCUUCCUGAAGAUGAGCAGUAAAAUGAAGUUCGUCCGGUCUCUGAUGAAGACUGCAGCGCUGGCCAACGUGCCCAAACACAUCGACCAUUACUCCAAGUUCUCCCCUUCUCCUCUCUCAAUGAAGCAGUUCCUGGAUUUCGGUUCCACCAAUGCCUGCGAGCGCACGUCGUUUGUCUUCCUGCGCCAGGAGCUUCCCGUCCGUUUGUCCAACAUCAUGAAGGAGAUCAACCUGCUGCCGGACCGGCUGCUGGCCACGCCCUCCGUCCACCUGGUCCAGAGCUGGUACAUCCAGAGCCUGAUGGAGAUCCUGGAGUUCCUGGACAAGAACCCCGACGACCAGAGUGUCCUUGAGACGUUUGUGGAGGUCUUGGAGGACAUCAGGAACCGGCACAACGAGGUGGUCCCCACCAUGGCUCAGGGAAUAAUUGAGUACAAAGACGCCUUCGGCCAGCAUGAUACUGUUACUGACCACAACAUCCAAUACUUCCUGGACCGCUUCUACACCAGCCGCAUCUCCAUCCGCAUGCUCAUCAACCAGCACACUCUCGUUUUCAAUGGCAACAUAAACCCCGCCCACCCCAACACCAUUGGCUGCAUUGACUCCAAAUGUGACGUGACAGAGGUGGCACGAGAUGCCUACGAGAGUGCUAAGUUGCUGUGUGAGCAGUAUUACCUCGGAGCACCAGAGCUGGAGCUGAGGCAGAUGAAUGCCAACGACAUCAGAGAGUCCAUCCAUAUCUCAUACAUCCCAUCUCACCUGUAUCACAUGCUGUUUGAACUCUUCAAGAAUGCCAUGAGAGCAACUAUUGAGACCCAUGAGGCCAGCAGGACCCUCCCACCCAUCAAAGUCAUGGUUGCCCUUGGUGGAGAGGACCUGUCAAUCAAGAUGAGCGACAGAGGAGGCGGCGUUCCCUUCAGGAAGACAGAGCGUCUGUUCAGCUACAUGUACUCCACAGCUCCCAGACCCUCCAUAGGAGACAGACACAGAGCCCCACUGGCAGGGUUUGGCUAUGGUCUGCCCAUCUCUCGUCUCUACGCACGCUACUUCCAGGGAGACUUACAGCUCUACUCUAUGGAGGGUUACGGCACUGACGCUGUCAUACAACUGAAGGCGUUGUCCACAGACUCAGUGGAGAGGCUGCCGGUUUUUAACAAGACCGCUUUGCGUCACUACAAGCUGAGUUUGGAGGCAGAUGAUUGGUGCGUUCCGUCCAAGGAGCCGCUGGACCUGGCCAUCUACCGCGCCGCCAAGUGAUUGAGUCAUGACCUGACAUGACUUUUGACACAAACUCCAACAAGCUGACCAUAAAAUGUCUUUUAAAAGCAGGGCAUUGUGGGACCAGAACUAUUACGGCGAUGAAAGUGACCAAUUGUGGCCAAAGAGAUCAAAGAGAAGGCAGAGCAUCGGCGUCCCAGUUGGCUGGGAACUUCCUUGAUUGGAGCGAGUGCCUUCUUCCUGUAUCUCCUCCUGCUUUCUUUACAUGUGUGCUAUAGAUCAACGGAGAGAAGAACAAGGUUGACAUUGUGAGUCAAGAUGGCGGACAGUCAAAGAUGCAGCGGUAGAAAUUCAGAAAAAGAGAAAGAGAGCGAGAUGGAGAGGUAAAUUGAACGGAUGGUAGGCCUAAAAGAAAAAAAAGGACAAAUAUGGAUAAUUAAUAUUGGGCUUACAUUUAUUGAUAAGAGCCCAACAGUUGUCCAUUUGUAUGACAAAUUGCUGGUCACAUCUGAUGAGUUCACCAUUAUCUGUAUCUGUUCAACCAACAAAUUUAUCAGGAUACGUAUCUGUACUCGGAACGGGCGGGGCUUAAACCAGAUGGGCAGAAGUAGGCGGGACUAACUGGAAGUUGUUGAAAAAGGCUGAAAAUGA